AUGGUUUAUGGUGCUCAUAGAGUGUUCAUACUUCUAAUCUGCAUUGGUUUCUUAGCAGUUCAACCAGACAAAGUUUCUGGCUUGAGAAGUAUAGGCCUUGCCCUCAAACAAGGCCAAGAAGAUUGUGAGUUAAUGGCACAGAAUCAUCGUGUUCUUAAGGUUGUUGCCAUGGAGCAAAUAAACACAGGGAAGACAACGGCACAUGUAAACAAGAAGUUCGAUCCAAAUGAAUCAAGCAAACGGAGAGUGCGAAGAGGAUCAGAUCCUAUCCACAACAGGUCUUAA